UAAAUAAUAAUAUUAUUGUCGACGAAAGCAAAGCUCUACAGUCCCCCCACUCCAUCUUCCUUCAGAUUUAUCAACCUAUACUUACAAUAUACAUACAGAGUUAUGAUUUGCCAUCGUUCUUUCACUGAUUGGAUCAAUCAUUUUCUUGAUUGUAUGGGAGCAGAAGUUGUUUUGGUUGCUGUAAAAAAUCUAAACCAGUUACUGCUGUGGAUGAACCAUCAAAGGGUCUGAUUAUUGAGGGUGAGACAGUAAAAAAGACUGGUAUGUCAGAUGAUUUUUGGAGCACCAGCACAUAUGAUCUUGAUAACAGUGCACUUCAGUCUCAGAGAAGCUUAUCAUCUCUCAGUAUCUCAAAUCAAAGUCUCACCGGCAGCACUAGCAAUAAUUCUGAAUUCGUAAAUCAUGGGUACCUUCGGUGGAAGCAGACGAGGCUUCAAUGGACCGAGCCCAAAAGUUCGGAGAGUAAAGCAAAAAAGAAGGAUCCUGUUUUAAGUUGGAAUGCAACAUAUGAGAGCUUGCUCGGGACUAACAAAAGGUUCUAUAAGCCGAUUCCUCUUUCUGAAAUGGUUGAGUUUUUAGUGGAGAUAUGGGAACAAGAAGGCUUAUAUGAUUGAGCAUGACUUUGGUUAUGCCAAAACAUAUGACUGACUUUUUUAGUUGAAGAUUUCUGCAAGCUUUAAUUAAAUUUUCUUGGUAAAUAGCUGCUUAACAAAGGAAAAUUAUACAGUAGUAGGAAAUCUUGCUCUGACACAUUAAACUAUUUCAGUACUGUAGAUUGCAGUGUCAGGUAGUUCAGCAUGUACAAGGACAACACUGAGCUGGUGUUUUUUAUUAAAAAAAAAAUAGUAAUAAUCCUUACAAAA